GCGAGAGGCGGAAGGGGCUCGAGUCUUAUAAGAGCCAAGAUCAAAACUUGAAAGAUCAGAAGACAGAGAGAACUUUGCUAAUACGAAAAGCCACAACUGCUCUGUGAGGACGACUCUCUUGAUUUCUGCUCUUCUACUCGAGCAAGCAGGGAGAUUAUUUGUGUGUGUGACUUAGCGUGUGUACGUUUCUGCUGAGAAAUACAAAACUCAACAAGGACAAAGCCAGAGGAUGAGAUUCAGCCUGGUGUUUGCCGCUCUCCUCUGCUUCACCACAUGGAUGAGCACCGUCCGUGCAACCAAUGGACCGGUCGCCAGCUGUUGUCUCCAGUGGUCAAAUACUCUUCAAAGAGUUCCACUUGAAAAUAUUGUGAAUUACACCCUUCAGACUGUCGGCCUCUGUCCAAUCAAAGCUGUAGUCUUUGAGACGAAGCGUGGAAAGAGGAUUUGCUCCGAUCCUGACAGUGCCCGGGCCAAAAAAGUCAUUCUGAAAGUGGACAAGAAGAAAGAAACAAAAGAAUCACAAGAUAAGCCACAGACUGAAGCGAGGUCAGCAAGCACCAUCGCACCAGCAGUGUCCAGUACAUCAAAACACUUGUUUGAGGCAAAGAAUGGAACCAGUGUUUACUCCGACCCUGACAAUGAAUCAGCAACAAAGGCCAUGCAGGAGGUGGACAAGGAGGAAGAGAAAACAGCAUUGCAAGAUAAGCCACAGACUGAAUCGAAGUCAGCAAGCACCAUCGCACCAGCAGUGUCCAGUACAUCAGAAAACUUGUUUGAGGCAAAGAAUGGAACCAGUGUUUACUCCGACCCUGACAAUGAAGGGGCAACAAAAGCCAUGCAGGAGGUGGACAAGGAGGAAGAGAAAACAGCAUUGCAAGAUAAGCCACAGACUGAAGCAAGGUCAGCAAGCACCAUCGCACCAGCAGUGUCCAGUACAUCAAAACACUUGUUUGAGGCAAAGAAUGGAACCAGUGUUUACUCCGACCCUGACAAUGAAGGGGCAACAAAAGCCAUGCAGGAGGUGGACAAGGAGGAAGAGAAAACAGCAUUGCAAGAUAAGCCACAGACUGAAGCAAGGUUUGAGGCAAAGAAUGGAACCAGUGUUUGCUCCGACCCUGACAAUGAAGGGGCAACAAAGGCCAUGCAGGAGGUGGACAAGGAGGAAGAGAAAACAGCAUUGCAAGAUAAGCCACAGACUGAAUCGAAGUCAGCAAGCACCAUCGUACCAGCAGUGUCCAGUACAUCAAAAAACGCACCACAGAGCACACGCAGCUAUAGAAGGAGACGCCAGAGGAAGAGGUCCAAGGGACUGAGGAACUGGCAGAGAAGACUUGCGUGAGGAAGUGUAAGACAAGUUACCACAGUCAGCAAACUUUACUCUUUCUAAUUGGACCUGUCCUGCUGUUUUGGAUCAAUAGUAAACAAACCUGAAACCAAAAAACAAGCUUUUCUAGAUGUAUCUGUGAUUAAAUUAAAGUGCAAUAUAUAUUUUAAUGUCUGUUGAUCACACCUUGUUGUCAUAAACUUUUGUAUGUCAGUCAAAGGAACAUACACUUUGACCUUUUCCUGUCAGUUGUCAAUAAAGAUUUUGUUUUGGGCAAA